AACUCAACUGACUCUUAAACUCCCUUUACUUUACUUUUAUUAAAAAAAAAAGGAAACCCAGUUAAAAACAUAACAUAAAAAAAGGAAACCUAGUUAAAAACAUAACAUAAAAAAAAACUAGUAAUGAUGUUCCACCGAAGAAAAAAAGAACCAGACACAUUACCUCUUUCAAACUCACCACAACAAUCACACACACCAAAUUCACCGAUGCCUUCAAGUUUCUUUAGAUUCAGAACUUCAACACUAACCGCUUCAUUUACUUCUUUCAUAUUACUUCUUUCAUUACUUCUUAAUUUUUACUUCCUUGUAAUUCUGUGGGCCCCAUACUCCACCGAUUUAACACCUUCCGCCGUUGUAUCUCGUCUUUCACCAACCACGCGCCGCCAUGUUCUCUUCUCCGUCGCUUCGUCUUCUCUCUCAUGGCAACACCGUCAGUCUUACGUUCAUCUCUGGUAUUCGGCUAAAUCCACCCGCGCGCUUGCUUUUCUUGACACGCCGCCGGGUAAUUCAUCUCCUUUGUCUCCGCCGGUUGUGAUCUCCGGCGACGCGUCUGGAUUUCCGUAUACUUUGCAGGGAGGGCUUCGUUCGGCGAUCCGUGUGGCUAGGGUUGUGAAGGAAGCGGUGGAUCGGAACGAAACGGAUGUUCGGUGGUUUGUGUUUGGGGACGAUGAUACGGUUUUCUUUGUGGAGAAUGUUGUGAAGACGCUUUCGAAAUAUGAUCAUGAUCGGUGGUUUUACAUUGGGAGUAACUCGGAGAGCUAUGAUCAGAACACGAUGUAUUCGUUUGAGAUGGCGUUUGGUGGAGGUGGUUUCGCUAUUAGUCAUUCGCUUGCGAAAGUUUUAGCUAGGGUUCUGGAUUCUUGUUUGAGGAGGUAUGGUUUUCUGUAUGGGAGUGAUGCUAGGAUCUAUUCAUGUGUUGCUGAGCUUGGUGUUACCUUGACUCAUGAACCUGGAUUUCAUCAGUUAGAUAUGCGGGGGAAUUUGUUUGGGGUGCUGGCGGCACAUCCAUUAUCUCCUCUGUGUUCCCUUCAUCACUUGGAUGCUGCGGAGCCUAUCUUUCCCAACAUGAACAGAACACAAGCUUUGGGACAUCUUAUUGCAGCUACAAAUGUUGAUCCCGCGAGAAUUCUGCAGCAAACUGUCUGCUACGAUCGAUCGAUAUCUUUGACUUUCUCAGUUUCUUGGGGUUUCGCUAUCCAAGUUUAUCAAGGAAAUGUACUUCUACCUGAUCUCCUUGCAGUAAAAAAAACAUUUGCUCCCUGGAGGAAGAUUCAUUACAAUUUCAUGCUUGACACUAAAGACUAUCCUAGAGAUCCUUGCAAAAGGCCUUCUAUAUUUUUCUUGAAAAGUGUUGCAUCUGAUAAAAGAGGCGUUUGGAGCAAUUACACUAGACAUGUAGAAAAGAAGUGCCCUAAAUUAAAUCCUAACCUGCCGGAUAAGAUCAUAGUUUAUUCAAGAAAGUUGGAUCGUAGUAUUGAAGAGAUGAAAGCUCCCCGUCGUCAGUGCUGCAACGUCUUGCCAUCUUUAAAUGAAACAAUCAGUAUUCGUAUUAGACAGUGCGGAAACAAUGAACUGAUAUCAAUGGAAUCAUAGCAUUUCUUCAACGAGUUCCUACCUUUGAAAGCUUUGAAACUUUCACACGCUAUAAGCUUGAUGAAGUUCAGGCCCAUGUUGACGUUGAAGCGGAUAUAAGGUGGGUGCUUCUGCAUCUAGGCUGAUCUUAGAGCUUUGUCAGCAAGAUGUCACUAAGCUUAUGUCCUCUUUGCGAUGGAAAAAGAUAAUUGAUCUCAUUGCAAAAGAAAAAUCUGUACUCAAACGAUUGGUCAAUCUUUCACAGUAACAGGUAGGUUUUGGUUCAAUUGAAAAUUGGUCAACAACCUCUCACAGCAUGCCCAAGUUAUGUGGCCUUCUUAUUUUUCUGUGUAGUUGCAGUUUUCAAAUGGCUUAUUUCCCUGCAGCUGUAGAUAUUAUUGACUGUAUUCAUAUACACUUUUGAUGCACAUAAUUUUAUGGUUCAUGUUUGGAUCAAUUUUGUUCUCCUAGUGAUUUAUCUUAAAUGUAAACUGUUUUACUUGUUGCAUAUUCAA